ACACCUGCAGUAGUGCGGUAGUGUCAUCUUGUGUGCCAUCAUGGCCGCCUCAGGAAUACUGCCAACGUAUCAGCGGUUUGUGAACGGGAUGCCCGUUCCCCAGGGGCGGCGGACACUGAGACUGAGGGAAAAAUAUAUUGUAGGAUUAGUAUUUGUGACUUUUGGAAUUGUUUGCUUUGGUGCAGUACUCUUUUUACCAGACUUACAAAGCGUCAAUGUAGGCGAUGUCAGGGUACACUUACGGAAUCCUGGUCGGGAUAUGUUUCUCCCAGAAAUUCGAGGGGACCACAAAGCCAUUGUAGGCCAUGGCGAAGGCAGAAUAUUUAGACACGGCCUUGGGGAGGCAGUAGAUCCCCAUAGGGUUGAAGACAAAGCGGCCUUGUUCAAAAAGAUCGAGGGAGAUCAACAGCAUCAAAAAGUUUUAGAAAAUUUUAGAAAUCGAUUAAAUAUGUCUAAAGUAGAACACGAAAAAAUUAUGAAUGAAAUUGAUAGAGACAAACAGGAUUUCAUUAAGAAGAAGAAGGACGAGGAGCAGAAAAAACUGGAUGCUGAAAAAGAAGAGCAGGUUAAUAACGUUGUCGUAGACCAUCCCACCAAAGAGGGAUCCAGAGGGGGCGUGCCUUUGGAUGAGGAGACCAAGAUGAGAAGGGACAAAGUAAUUGAGAUGACAAAACAUGCAUGGGAUAAUUAUGUGAAGUAUGCAUUUGGUGCCAAUGAAUUGAAACCCUUAUCCAAGAGGGGACAUUCGGCCAGUAUUUUCGGAGCGACCUCAUUUGGAGCCACCAUUGUAGAUGGAUUGGACACCCUGUGGCUGAUGGGGCUGAAUGAAGAGUUCAAGAAAGGACGAGAUUGGGUUGCACUGUCUCUGAACUUUGAAGGGGCCUCUGAUGUAUCUGUGUUUGAAGUGAACAUAAGAUUUGUGGGAGGACUUUUAGCUGCCUAUGCUUUGACAGGGGACCAGAUUUUUAAAAACAAAGCAACAAUUAUUGCUGAUAAGCUCUUACCAGCUUUCAACACACCAACAGGAAUUCCUUAUUCUAUGAUCAACUUAAGAACUGGUGGUGGUCGGAACUGGGGCUGGGCUUCAGGUGGCUGCUCUAUCCUAUCUGAGUUUGGCACCAUGUACCUGGAGUUUGCCUACCUCACAGAUAUCACCGGAGACCCUAAGUACUUGCAAAAGGUUGAGAAAAUACGAGACUUCUUGGAUAAUAUGGACAAGCCAAAUGGUUUAUAUCCUAACUACUUAAAUCCAAAGACUGGGAGAUGGGGACAGCAGCAUGUAUCUGUUGGGGCUCUUGGUGACAGCUUUUAUGAAUACCUACUGAAGUCUUGGAUUUUCUCAGGGAAAAAAGAUCACACCAGCAGGAAAAUGUAUGAUACUGCUGUGCAAGCCAUAGAGAGUCGGAUGUUGCAGACCUCUCCCAGUGGGCUUAAGUACAUUGCAGAAUACAAGUCUGGGCGCUUGGAACACAAAAUGGGCCACUUAGCCUGUUUUAUUGGUGGCAUGUUUGCACUGGGAGCAGAGGGUUCUGCAAAUAAAGAGAAAUACUUAGACUUAGGCAAAGAUAUUGCCCAUACAUGUCAUGAGUCUUAUACCAGAUCAGCAACCCAACUGGGACCAGAAGCAUUCAGAUUUGAUCCCAACAAUGAAGCUAAGGCAACUCGGCCCAAUGAAAAAUAUUAUAUUCUUAGACCAGAAGUUAUAGAGACUUAUUUUUACAUGUGGAGGUUUACUAAAGAUAAAAAAUACAGGGACUGGGCUUGGGAAGCAGUGCAGGCACUGGAGAAACACUGUAGGACGGACAACGGGUACUCAGGACUUAAAGAUGUGUAUAGCACAAACCCAACAAAAGACGAUGUACAGCAGAGUUUUUUCCUAGCAGAAACAUUGAAGUACCUUUUCUUGAUAUUUUCUGAAGAUGAUUUACUGCCCCUUGACAAAUGGGUGUUAAAUACAGAAGCCCAUCCUUUCCCUAUAAAAGGAGCCCAUUGAAUUAUUUGAAGUGCAGGAACAGGGCUAGCCAAGGGAGUGCUUCAGAAAUAAGGUGAUUCUUGCGCAAACCCACCUUACGUAGCUGAUGGGGAAAACAGGAGCAAAAGCUGAUGCAGUUAUGUAUGAAUAUGUACUAUUUGGAUCAAAUGUGCGAUAUGAAUAUGCAAAAUAUUACUUUCUUCCAAAUUGAGUCCAGAAAAUGUUCUAUUCACCUGAACAGGCUGUGAUGUGUUAUCAACUGUUGGUUACUUGGAUUUAUUUCACAUCUGUCUACAUGCAGUAAUUUUUAUUGGUGACAUUUUGCUUUACAACAUGUUAUUUUUCAACUGAAAUUUUAAUGACUUCAAUAUUAUCUAAUAUUGAUGUAUUUAAGACCAAUUAAGCAUUGAA